AUGGAGUCGAAAAAAUUGAUAACUGCCACAGAUACCCAAUACUCUGGCUGUCUGCUCCAGGCUUUGAAUGACCAGCGACUGCAAGGCUUGUACUGCGAUGUUACAGUUAUUGUUGAGGAUCGCAAAUUUAGAGCUCACAAGAACAUACUUUCUGCAUGCAGUACUUAUUUCCACCAACUCUUCACCGUUGCUGGUCAAGUUGUGGAGUUGAAUUUUAUCAGAGCUGAAAUAUUUGCAGAAAUCCUUAACUAUAUUUACAGCGCCAAAAUUGUACGUGUGAAAAGCGACAUGUUGGAAGAGUUGAUAAAGUCUGGAAAAUUACUAGGUGUUCCCUUUAUAGCAGAACUUGGAAUCCCUCUUUCACAAGUGAAAAGUAUAUCUGGUGGAGUUAAAGACGGUAAUGCAGAUCAAUCAAAGACUGAUGACAAAACACAGGAGCCAAUAAAAAAUACAACUAGUGCAGCAUUGACCAAAGCUCUCGGGGUCUCUGUAUUGCCAAUGCUGGCAGAAACAUUUACUUUAUCAACCAAUUCCGAUGUUGAGUCAAAUGAUGACGAUUCUGAUGACGAUGUGAUAUUUUGCUCUGAGACUUUUGCACCCCCCAAGAAAGGUGCUCCAGAGAAAAAGGAACCUGUGACGCCCCCAAUUACUAUUAGCAAUGAACAGGUACCUGAGGCAAAAAAACUUACUCCAGAAUCUGGCCAGCAACAGGUUAGCCAAGAUAUCAAACCUGCAGCGCAACUUCCAGAAAAACCACCUACUCCAGUUCCAAAAGUCACAACAUCUGUCGCUCCUGCUACUGCAAAUUCGAAUGCGCCAACUCCCAAUCCGCCUGCAAAUAGCAAUCCUGUGCCUCAGCAAAAUUCUGACACAGCUAUUGCUUCAGUCCAGCCGCCUUCAGAUACAGCUGCUUCUUCAGCUGCGGCUAAACCACCUGAGAAGCCAGUUACAGCUAAUCAAAACUUACCUAAACUGCAACCAAUUGGUUUAGUUCAUCCCAAAUCGGAGCUGAUCUUGGAUUCUGACUGUAUUUCCUCUCCUCCUUCUUCCUCCGUCAUCUCCGUAGGCCAGCCCACAAUUACUCACAAAAAUAUAUCCUUUGAUGGCGUGCAAAAGAAACAAGUGGUUACCGUCAGCCCCGGAUCUUCAUCAAAGCCCGGAGAAUUCAAAAUUAAAAUUGCGGAUGUUGUUUCUGGGAGUAGCAAGGAUUCUUCUGAACCUCGCCGAAUAAUGGAUGGUAAGAAAAUAAUAACCUUAGACACAGCUUCUGAGAUUGAGGGCCUUUCAACAGGCUGCAAAGUUUAUGCAAAUAUUGGCGAAGAUACAUAUGACAUAGUGAUUCCUAUCAAAGAUGACCCUGAAGAAGGUUUAUCCGGUCUAGAUGAAGAUGGCUUUCCAAACCGGAAAAAAAUGAAACUGAAACAUGAAGAUCACUAUGAGCUUAUAGUGGACGGGAGAGUCUAUUAUAUUUGCAUUGUGUGCAAGAGAUCGUACGUUUGUCUUACUAGUUUGCGAAGACAUUUUAACGUUCACUCGUGGGAAAAAAAAUACCCCUGUCGUUACUGCGAGAGAGUGUUUCCACUUGCAGAAUACCGUACAAAGCAUGAAAUACACCACACGGGUGAGAGAAGAUAUCAGUGCUUGACUUGCGGUGGUUCUUUUAUAAACUACCAGGUCAUGGCUUCACACAUAAGAUCUGCUCACAGUUUGGACCCUGCUGGAGAUUCAAAGCUUUACCGUUUGAAUCCAUGUAAGUCAUUACAAAUAAGGCAGUAUGCGUACGUAGGUGAUAAUAAAACUAAUGUACCUGUCAUCAGCGAUGGCGGAAUUGUGUAUAACAUUGACCCAGAUAAGCCACAACAGGAUUCUGAAGAGAACCACUCUAGCAAUGGGCCAAAACCUGUGAACUGGGACGAUAUAUUUCUUCAGCAGUCUAACCAGAGCAUGUUCAAACCAACUACUUCCGAAGGCAGCACUGAAUUUGAAUUUGUUAUACCAGAAUCGUAUUAAACCUCACACAAGCUAAAAUUUCGAUAAAUAGGAACAUGACUUUGAUACAUCACAAGUAAUGAAUGAUCAGUUUCUUUUUCAACUAUACAAUUAUUAUAGUCUGUAAAGAUGCAUUGUU